CGAAAAUCGGAGAUAAGACAUAGAAGUUUUGAGUUCGGCGUACUCAGUAGCUUUCUCAACGUCCGCCUCUCUCUUCGCUCGCUGAACCAGACGAGGAAAAGGACAUCUCGCCUUAGUCAGAUUCAGACAUUCGAAUAAGACAUUCUGAGUAUUCGAAUCAACAUGGGUCGUGCUAAAUUGAAACUCGAACUCAUAUCCAAUUCAAGAUCCCGCAGAAUCACCUUCGAGAAAAGAAAGAAGGGACUAAUGAAGAAGGCCGAGGAAUUCAAAAUCCUCUGCGGCGUCGACACGUGUGUGAUGAUAUACCCAAUGGGGAUGUCCGGCGAGAGCCUGGUCGAGCCGGAAAUCUGGCCGCCGGACGGUAAGGAGGUGGAGCGCAUCGUCCGCCGCUAUCGAAGUGAGGCCGCAGAUCGCCGUGCCAAGCACGCCACCGGACUGCGCGAGUUUUUCGCAAGCCGGAAGAGGAAGAUUGAUGCCGAGCUAGCCGAGGUCCGCAAGGCCAACCGGGAGGCCAAGUAUCCGGUCUUGGACGGGUUCCUCAAAGAUCUCUCAGAGCCUCAACUGAGGUCGCUUCUGAGCGCUGUGGGCGAUAGACUCGAACAGGCGAAGACGAGGCUUGCCACGAUAAAGGAGAAGAGAAGGGUUGAGAUCUCGGCACCAAGUGACUGGUUCGUAUCCAGCGGCGGAGUGGACCUCCAUGCAAGCAGUGCAGGCUUCAUGCAAGAUGGGAUGGUCAAAGCCGGACUGUCUUUUGAGUUCAUGUAUCAACAGGACAAUGAGAAGAGAAGGGUCGAGACGGCAGCGCCAAGUGACUGGACCGUUCCCAGCGGCGGAGUAGACCUCCAUACGAGCAAUGCAGUCUUCAUGCAAGACAGCGCGGUUGAAGCCGGACUGCCUUUCGAGUCCCUGUAUCAACAGGACAGUUUAGUUGGAUCAAUCCAUGAUUAUUCGUUACCAUUGAGUUCCUUACCGCCUGAGUGUUCAACGCAGUUCGGAACCUCAAGAGGUGACUAUUCGUGGUGCAGAACCGUCAAUGAAGUUCAGAUCAGAGCAUGAUGUGCGACCCCCUGCGGCAAUUUUUGACACCAGAAUGUUUUUCAUGGUCAGGCUCAAGUCUUCAAUGACCCAACCUAUUCCUAAGCAACUCACUGCUACAAGAAGCCGUUUAAAGGGCCGGCAAGAGUCAUCCGUUAUUUUAGUUUUCUUUCAACCGUUUUGUUUUUUUUCCUUUUCCAAUAAAAGCUUCGACACGAUCAGAUCGGGCUUAAUGGUUAUUUUGCACUGCUUGUAAGUUGUACAGAAAUGUCAUAAUAAAGUUGGAAUAGUUGAUAUUCA